UGGGCAUUGGUCCCUUGGUGGCAUAGCAUUAUACCAAAGUUUUACUCAUGAAAUCUUGCAUAAUACAGUCUCAAAGAUAAUUUCAUCUAUAGAACAAAGCCAAACUACAAAUAAUAACAAUCAUAAUUCAAAUAUCAAGCAAGUUGUUUCACGAUCUCCAUUAGCACCAAUUCCAACUAAUCAAGUAGCCGGCCCAAUUAGACAAAGAAGUUUUCGUCUAAGAAAAUUUAAACCAUUUGAUGCUUCUAAGCCAUUUCAUAUCCCAUUCAAAUCACCUACUUUAAAUAAUGAUGAAAUGAUUCUCAAA